AUGGCCGUAGCACUUGGAGAUCGAAACAAGCUGCUAAGCAAUAUAGCAAGAAGGGUCCUCGAUGCCUCAACACUCAGCUUUGGAACUCGAGUCAGAUGGUUUGCCAUAUGUUUUGUUGCUGGCAUUAUGUGUUCUGUCCUUGGAACAGCACUGUUGUGGCUCCCAAAUGGCAUCAAACUUUUUGCAUUGUUUUACACCCUGGGAAAUAUUGCUGCGUUAGCCAGUACAUGUUUCCUGAUGGGGCCACUGAAGCAAUUAAAAGCCAUGUUUGAAUCCAAAAGAUUAAUAGCUACACUUGUGAUGUUGCUUUGCCUAGUGUUGACUCUGUGUGCUGUAUUCUGGUGGAACAAAAGAGGUUUGGCAGUGUUAUUCUGCAUAUUGCAGUCCUUGGCAAUGACCUGGUAUAGUCUGUCAUAUAUUCCUUUUGCAAGGGAUGCUGUGAUUAAGUGCUUCACGUCCUUGCUAGGGUAA